ACCGAGUAAAGAAAAAGAAGGGAAUUAGGGAUGCCACAAAUCUACAACCCAAAUAGGAAACUCUAGUCAAAAAAAGACAACCCAAAAUCAAUUCUGGAUCUGCUCACUUUCAAACCCCACUCUUUGAUCCAUGGCAGUCCCCCUCAAAGGCAAGUCCUUCUCUCUCUAUCUCCUCUUAAUCUCUUAUAUUCUCAAUUUAUCUCUAGUUUUUGCAGAUACAAGUUUUGAUAAUUCUAAUGAACCCCAUGACACAAUUUCUCACACACCCAGUAGCAAUAUAGCUGAUUUAAAUGUAUUGAAUCAACAACAAGUUCAGAUUAAGAAGCUUGAAGAGGUCGUUAGGAAUCUGACCCAGUUGGUUUAUAAGUUAGAGUCAAUAACGAUUGAAACUUUUGGGGGAAAAAAAAAAGACCCUAUUCAUAAAAAGGUUAAAAGAAAGACAGAGGAUGGUGGUUCUGUAAGUAAUGUGAGAGAUGGAGAGAUAAGUGGAGCAGUGUCGAUUACGAAGCAUAGUCUUUUUUGGUCUGAGAGGUUUCAGUUUGUUUCGGCUGUGAAGCUGGAUUCUAAUGUUACUUGUGUUAGUGUGUUGCCGUUUAAGGAUUCGGAAGGAUUAAGCAAGUAUGUUGUGGUUGGGAAUGAUGAAGGGAAGGUUUUUGUGUUCUCGAGAAAUGGGAAUGUGUUGCUUGAGUUUAGUACGUUGUCAGAUUCACCGGUUACAGCUUUGUUGUCGUAUAUGUCUUCACAUAAUCAAAGUGUCUUGGUCACGGGGCAUGAAAAUGGAAUUAUUUUAAGGCAUAGUAUAUCGGAGGUGUCGAGUGGUGAGGAAGGGAAUUCACUUUUUAUGGAGAAUGACAGAAAAUUUAUUGUAUUGGAGAUCGAAGAAGAGGGGUCGCCGAUUACUAUCUUGGAAGUACAUCAUGUUGGGAGGACAAGGUACAUUAUAUCCAUUGAUAAUAGUGGAAAAAUUAAGGUUUUUAAAGAGAACGGGUCUCUUCAUGGGUUAGCAGUGCCAACAAGUAGACCACUUGUGUUUCUGAAGCAAAAGCUCUUGUUUCUUACCGAGACUGGGGCAGGAUCACUGGAUUUAAGGACCAUGAAAAUUUUGGAGUCUGGUUGUGAAGGUUUGAACUAUUCUUAUGUCUGGAAUUUUGCAUUUGAUGCUACCGAAAGGUCAAAAGCAUAUGGUUUUACAUCAGAGGGUGAAUUGAUCCACUUGUUGCUGUUGGGUGAUUCAAAGAACUUCAAAUGCAGGAUCAGAUCUAUUAAGAAGUUAGAUAUGGAUGAACCUCUAGCUAUUCAGACUAUUAAAGGUUAUUUGCUUGUUUCUAACAGGGAGAAGGUAUUUGUCUACAAUGUUUCAUCUCCACACUAUGCUAGGUCUGGUGGGCCUCGGCUUUUGUUUUCUGCUGGUCUUGAUGAAAUAGUAGCCUCCUUUCUCAACUAUCAGUUGGAGUUAGAUGCAGAAAAGGAUGGGGUCAUCCCAUUGAUAGGAAGUGAUCAGGAAAAACUUGUUGUUCUCAGUCUUGGAAGUGGAUACGUGGGAGUCUAUCGCUCAAAUCUUCCAAUAUAUCGAGGAGAAUCCAGUUCCAUGAUAUGGGGCACUCCUCUGGUAAUUUUCAUUGUGUUCGUAUUUGGAGCAUGGAAAUUCUUUGCCAAUAAAAAAGAAGCUUAUUCCUUGUGGGGACCUGAAGAUCCCUUCACUUCCACGUCGGUUACAAAUGAAAAUGAAGCUCCUUUAGUGUCAAAUUCAGGGGAAAGAUCUUUUAUGGAUUCUUCUUCUAGGAGUGAUAUAAUGGAUUUGCGAGGUGGUGGUCUAAGAGGCCCAUCGAGAAGGUAUGGCUCACCAUCUCGGUAUCCUGGUGGAGCAGCUAAUUCAUUUAGGCCCAACUCCAAUGAUACCAAUUCCAAUUCCAGACCAGCCUCUGUCGAUCAAAAUUAUAGGCCCACAACAUACUCCACUGAGACCAACUCCAGACAUGCAUCUGUUGAUCCAAAUUAUAGGGCAGCAUCAGAGUUGAAAUUCAGACCGAAACUGGAAUCUGCCGCUUACUCCUCUGACACCAACUCCAUAACCUCUUCUGUUGAUCCAAAUUAUCGAGCAGCAUCAGAGUUGAAAUAUAGGCCAAAUGUGGAUUCCACAACAUACUCGCAUAGGAGAGAGAGCUUAUAUGGAAACAGUCCAGUUGGCGAUGAUAGCAGUUAACUUGUAAAAUCAUGUUCAUCUUGUAAGGUACUACCAAGUUGGUCCAUUUGAGAUUUAAUUUUCAUAAAACAGCUCACUGCAAUUGUAAGUUUGUAAUUGAGCUUUAUGAUAAAAAUAAUGAUAAAUUUGUUAUACAUUCUAGAUACUGUAAAUGAAAACCAGCGCAAUAUAACACUAAGAUUUUCUUUA